UCUAGUGAUAAUCCUUAUCACUAAUAAACCUUAGUCCUCUUCUGGGUGAGUUCACAGUUCCUGAGAGUCCGCCAAGAGGAACUGUACACCAGCAUACUUGUAUCUAGUAUUCUAUAUAGAGAAGCUCCCCUAAUGGGUAGACAGAGGGGCCCCACCCCACGGCUUCCCUCCAAGAAUGUUCCCCGUGGCAACGCAAUGGAAAAGGGGUUUUGAACGAGAUGAAAUGGCAUCAGGAGACAAAUGAAAAGUGGACUGGGGGGGACGGGAGGGUGUCUGAGAAGCAGCCAGGGCUGCCUGAACAAGGAGGAAAUUAAAGCUACAAUUGCCAUCAUCGAUUCAUGUGACACAGGAUGACUGUCCUGUGGUGGCCGAUGCUAAGGAAGGAGAUUACGAGGAAGUUGAGGACAGGAGGGAACAAGAGGCUUGCUGACAAGCCCUUCAAAUUGGCACAAGCUGUAUCCCAUUGCCCAGGGAGACCGCCAGUCACCCAUCAAUAUCAUAUCCAGCCAGGCUGUGUACUCGCCCAGCCUGCAGCCAUUGGAACUUUUCUACGAGGCCUGCAUGUCCCUCAGCAUCACCAACAAUGGCCACUCUGUCCAGGUGGACUUCAAUGACAGUGAUGACAGAACCGUGGUGGCUGGGGGCCCCCUGGAAGGGCCUUAUCGUCUCAAGCAGCUCCACUUCCACUGGGGCAAGAAGCGCGAUGUGGGCUCAGAGCACACAGUGGACGGCAAGUCCUUCCCCAGCGAGCUACAUCUGGUUCACUGGAACGCCAAGAAGUACAGCACUUUUGGGGAGGCAGCUGCAGCCCCUGAUGGCCUGGCUGUGGUUGGUGUCUUCCUGGAGACGGGAGAUGAGCAUCCAAGCAUGAACCGCCUGACAGACGCUCUCUACAUGGUUCGGUUUAAGGACACCAAGGCCCAGUUCAGCUGCUUCAACCCCAAGUGCCUGCUGCCCACCAGCCGACACUACUGGACCUAUCCUGGCUCCCUGACCACACCCCCGCUCAGUGAGAGUGUCACUUGGAUUGUGCUCCGGGAGCCCAUCAGGAUCUCCGAGAGGCAGAUGGAGAAAUUCCGGAGCCUGCUUUUCACCUCAGAGGAUGAUGAAAGGAUCCAUAUGGUGGACAACUUCCGGCCACCACAGCCGCUGAAGGGCCGAGUGGUCAAAGCAUCUUUCCAGGCCUGACCUUCCCACCUCCCCAGCCAGCCACUGGGGCGCCAUCCUCCCAAGGGCUUCCAUGUCAGCGGACACCAAACCAUCUGAGGCUCGCUCCCAGUCGGGGGAGGGUGCUACGGGUCCUCCUUCAGCUGGCUUGCUCCUUGACCACAUUGAAGGGUUCUUGAUGGAACCCUGGAGUUGGGGGUACCCCUCCAGUUGCCUUGGGGAGGGGCUGGAAGAACAGGAACUGAGCAGAGUCCAAGCCUGGGCUGCCUCUGUUCACCCAGAUCCAAAGGCCCCUGAGAAUCUCCUCCUGUCUUCCCUGCUGGCCCAACUGGAGUUCACACUGUGAUGGCCAAGACACAGCCUCCGAGCCCCCUGGGGCGGGGGUUGGCAACUGUCUCUGCCAUAAAGACUCAAGCAAUAAUUAGAGGUGGGCAGAGCUGCCCUCUCUGCAUUACCUCUUCUGCAGGCCUCUGCCAUACAUGCACCUCACUGCCAGGCCAUUACAAUAGCACCCAGACGCUGGAGGCGAUGUGGCCCCCUCCAGUCAUCUGCUGCCACGGGCAGGCCCUGGCUAUAGCUUCUAUACUAUCUCCCUUUGUUCCUACCCAGUCACCAAAGCCACCUACAUAACAACCCACUCAUGUACUAGCAAAUAAAUUCAUUUACUCAUG